CGUGCUGCUGAGGCACAGUUUGAUAGAGCAGAAGAGGAAGCAGUCGUUGGUUCUCUUCUCACAGACAUGGUGGUGGUUGGUGGUCGCCUUUGUUGCCUGAGCUGCUUCUUCUCAUGCAGUUCUGUGCUGCUUGUCGGGGUCUGCCUCCUCGGUCUGCACGCCUCUGCCUAUGUGGAGGCUUCCAGCUGUCAACGUGUCAUCCAUAAAAAAGUUGGAGACACCGUAGAGCUUCCAUCAUGCUCACCAAGAGAAGGAGUCUCCGCAGCAGUGUGGAGAUAUGGAGAGUCUAGAAUCGCAGACAAAGAUUAUAAUAUUUCUGGAAAACAGUUUCAGGGCAGAUUAUUCCUAAACCCCACAAACUUUAGUUUAACACUGAGAGAACUGAUGGCCAGUGAUUCUGGUAAUUUCAGUUUUAUAUCAACUGAUAAGGAUGGCAAACAAAGGGAAACAUUCACCGUCACUCUGCACGUUCAUGAGCCCAUAACUGAGCGGCCUGUCCUGAACUCCAGUAUCCCCCGGAACACCUUGAAUAAAUCCUGCACAGUUUAUCUGGGGUGCAGUACAACCACUAAGGGCCAUGUCACCUACACCUGGAGUGUGAGGAACCAAACCACAAGUGGCUCCAGGCUGCAAUAUGACAUCAAGCCCCAGGAUGGAGAGACCGAAUUCACCUGCACAAUUUCCAAUCAUUUCAGCAACAUGUCGGCAUCCACGACAUUCAAGUGUGAAGACCCACAACCUAUGAAAACACACCUUACCAUUGCCCUGAUUGUGGGAGCAGGAGUUUCCUUGUUCAUUGUCAUCUUAGUUGGAGUGGCAGUUUGGGUUUGCUGCAGACAAAGUCCAACAGGUAGCGACUCAAAUGAUCUCACUGUGUAUGCUGAUAUCUCUGAAAUUACAAUUGAAAAUGACAGCACCAUGAAGCCAUGCUCAGUGUACGAAACCGUUGAUAAAACCACUGAGACCAGACUCAAUACAGUUGGACUGCCCCAGACUGUGUAUGACCAGAUCCAGUUCAAUCGUAUGAAGAAGCCCUCGCUGUCACCCUACCAAGACAUCUCCUAGAAGUUGGCAGCAUGAUGUAGCCUGUGCCUAAAGGAAGGUGUAAGAGUAAGAAAUAAAAGACCGAGAAGUUUUGCUCGGAGCAACUUUAAAUUUAAGCUAAAUUUGUGGCUAAUGUAAAGAUAGAAACAUGCAAAAAACAAGCAGGAACAUUCAUUAUAUUUUGGGACUCCUAAUUGUAAAUAUUUAUGUUUUAUUAACAAUCUUGUAAAUUCUGUAAAUACAGAGACUUUAUUUUUAAAAUGUUUCAUGAGCUUCGUACGUCCUCUAAUCCCAGUACUGUACUGCGCAAAUCCUUAGUGGAUUUCAUUUUUGAAACGUGCCCGAACAAGGUUUCAUCCUCUGCAAAGGUGGUCACAUUAAGUUAAAUUUACUGUCAUUUCUGUAACUGUGUAUUUUUUGCAAGCACAUUGCUUUUUUUAAGUGGUAAUCAUACAUUCUUUAGUCUGCAUUUCACCUGAAGACGAAGACGAUUGUAGGUUUUAAUAAUUAAAAUGUGCAAAAUGUUUCAUGCUUGCAUAUUUGAUUCUGCAGAGCUGAUAUAAAAUUAUUACUUUAUGUGA